AUGCGCCAACACUAUCGGUCCAAAAUCUCUCUGGUUGAGGUAAAGGACCUCAGUCACUUGAUUCGUCUGAAUCAUCGCAUUGAUGCGGCCGACCCUCAACUACAACAACAGUCAGGAGAGAUGCCAGUACGUAGACCUGUGAACCAGAUUUCUGCUGACCAGAGUGACUACGAGAGCGAUCAAUCGGCAUCAAUCAAUGCGAUCGGAAACCGAAUUAACAGGAAUAUUCGACAAGUAAUUCAGCAACCCAACCCAAGGGAACAACAAAACACUUCGACAUACCAGGGUAAUCAACAGCCCAACCAAAGGGAACAGCAAAGUGAAGAGGACACGCUGGAAAUUCCAGUCUAUGAAGGACCAACCGAUUCAACACCCGAUCUAGACAGUAUAGAAACCGAACACAACCUGAUGGAGGAUCAACGGAGGGAACUUUCGAACGUGGUUAGGCACUUCGAGCUAACGUGCGUGGGAAAACUCGGACGAACGAGUCUGAUUGAGCACGAGAUCGUUCUCAAGGAAGGCGCUAAACCUCGAAAUCCCCCGAUGUACAAGUGCUCCCCAUACGUGCAACAGGCCAUUAACGACGAGAUCCUUUCCCGCACCAAGUCGGAAUCCGCCAAAGGGAGUCGUAAUUCGGCCGGUUCAAGCAGCGCUAAGACGGCAGUGAUUCCAACGUUCGAAGAGUUUCUCCUGAGAAGGGACUAUGUGGGUGCGAAAACUGUACUGCAGUGUUCGAAGGAUUAUGACGAAGUAUCGGAGUUGCUGAAGGAGCUGUGGGUUGCAUUUUGCAACUUUCACAUCGGCGACUACAAAGAUGCACUGGAUCAGUACGAGAAAAUCUACUCCGACGAUCAGACUCAGAAGGAUGUGGCGUUGAAUAUUUGCGUCUGCAUGUUCUACCUGGGAAUGUACGAGGAAGCGCAGAAAUUGGUGGAAGAACUGCCGGAGAAUCCGUUGAAAAUUCGCUUGCUGUUCCACUUGGCUCACAAGUUGAGCGAGGAGGACCGAUUGAUGGAGCUGCAUGGAUCGCUGAGAGAUGUCGUCGAGGACCAGCUGAGUCUGGCUGGGAUGCAUUAUCUGCGAUCUCACUACCAAGAGGCGAUUGAUAUCUACAAGCGAGUUUUGCUGGAUAACAAAGAUUUGUUGGCGCUGAAUGUGUACAUUGCUAUCUGUUACUACAAGUUGGAUUACUAUGACAUUUCGCAGGAAGUGUUGGACUUGUAUCUGAACCAACAUCCGGACAGUACGAUUGCUAUCAAUUUGAAGGCAUGUAAUCGAUUUCGUCUGUUCAACGGACGUGCUGCGGAGCAGGAGAUUAAGAACAUCGUAGACAACGGGACAUUUGGAGCGGAUUUGAUCAAACACAACCUGGUGGUGUUCAAGAAUGGCGAAGGUGCUCUGCAGGUUCUGCCGCAGUUGAUCGACAUCGUACCGGAAGCUCGACUAAAUUUGGCAAUCCAUCACCUUCGCCGUGGAGAGAUACAGGAAGCACACCAACUGAUGAAGGAAGUUCAACCUUCGGUUCCUCAGGAGUACAUUCUUAAAGGCGUGGUACAUGCCGCUCUUGGUCAGGAAACUGGUUCCAAAGAACAUCUUAAGAAUGCCCAACAGUGUCUCCACCUGGUGGGUGGAUCAGCUUCGGAAUGCGACACAAUUCCAGGCCGUCAGAGCAUGGCAUCAGCAUUCUUCCUGUAUGGGCAAUUCGAAGAAGUUCUCGUAUAUCUAAACUCGAUUCGCAGUUACUUCGUCAACGACGACGUAUUCAAUUACAACUACGCUCAAGCAAAAGCCGCCACAGGUUACUACAAGGAAGCCGAAGAGCUACUGCUGCAAAUCCACGACAUAACAAUCAAAACGGACCACACCUAUUCCAUGGUACUGGCCAAGUGUCAUGUUCACUCCGGCCAUGCCGACCAAGCGUGGAACAUUUUCCUAACCAAAGAUUCAACCCCGGAGGCGUUCGCCCUUCUGCAACUAAUCGCCAACGAUAGCUAUCGGGUGGGUGAAUUUUGGGUGGCAGCCAAAGCAUUCGAUACCCUUGAGAAAUUGGAUCCGAACCCGGAGUAUUGGGAAGGCAAACGGGGUGCCUGUGCUGGGGCGAUCCAAGCCAUUCUGGCUAAACGGUCGAACGGGGCGCCACCGGGAGGCGUUGCUGAGGUGAUUGCUUUGCUGCGGGACACGACCAACAGUCAGGCGGAAAGCAUGCUUCGGACGAUUAGACGAUUUGCCAGCAGCAUCAAAUAGAUUGUACCGAGAGGGGUUAAUGAGCGAGAGUUUGAAUAUUGAUA